AUAUUUUUGAUGUACAUUGGUCGAAGAAGUCGAUGUGUUUACCUCUCUGAGCGUUUUCAGCAUGCACGUGUUCUCCUGAUCACGGUGCUUGCUUUGCCGUGCCGCUAGUUUUUUUUUUUUUGAGUUUUUGGCGGUACGGAUUCUUGAUCUUUUGUCUACAACUUUUUUUUAGGAAUUCUAUGUUUUUCUUUGAGAAAAGGUGAAAGUGGGUGGUUUCAAACACCACACCACUCACCCCCUGCAUGUCUUAGGAAAUGAAGUAUCCGUGUUUGAAUUUUUAUUUUUUGUCGAUUUGAUGCGUCAAUUUUGCAAGAGGGGGUUUUCCCUCCUUUCUGUAUUAAUAGAAAACCUUCGGCACUACAAACUUCAGCCUUACAGAAAGCAUAACAAAUUGAACCAAACAAGGCCUUCUUAGAUUCUUUAUGAAACCAUAGCUGUUAGCUACAGCAGAAAAGGGAUGAACAAUGAAGAAACCGCGGCAAAAUGCAGACAAAUACUCCCUAAUCAUCGCAACAACGCCAUAACAUAUGCAAACUGCUAACAGAAGCCUGAACCUUUGUUGCACAUCCAUUAGGUUUGAUCCGAGCUUUUGAGUCAAUAAAGUUCUUUUUUUGCCGGAAAACAAAGUUCUCUUUAUUGUACAAAAUACAGAAUGUAAGCUAGUUAAUUGCAGUACAAAGAUUACAACACGAUGUAGGAGAACUUUAUAUCGGAAUGAACUCUACUACCAUUACACAGGAAGAAACACAAGACAAUAUAAUUAAGCAUGGUUUUUUGGUCUUUGACCACAUCGCCGAGGCUCAAAUUGAUAAGAUCAUAGAGUGCCACCUGAGUCAACCUAUUUGACCCUAGAUGUAGAGCGACUUUCUGCAAAGUUGCCUAGGAGUUCAAAAAGUAUCACAUCAGUUAGAUCCUCGGGACAAAUAUUUUGAAUGCUUGAUAUGUAUCCACAAAUUCCAUGAAAUAGUAGCAACAAACUCAGAAGAAAAUUCUACUCGAAGUGACAGUAAAGCAUUUCACAUAUAACAUGUUUAGACCUUUUAUAUUCUUCUUCUAUAUUGUGACUCCACCCCUUAGGAACUCUACGGUAUUAGAAAAACAAUUAUGCCAAGUAUUUAAAAGUCUUUUACUUCUUUUUAAUGCCAAAUUUAAAAAAUGAUAUGGGCUAGAUCUGAUCUCUCGGGUCAACUCUGGGGAUCAACACAACUCAAGACGAAAAGGAUUUAGUUUGAAUCACUAGAUGAAUAUCACCCUCAUCUAAUAAGAGAACAACAUGGUUAGAGACAUCUCGACUAGGGUCUUCGCAGGAGGUAAAGGAUGAUCUAAACGCUCUUAUAUUUCUUUAGAGAGAGAGAGAGAGAGUAGUUACUAAGAUCCUAUCAUGUUUUUUAAAAAAGGUAUUGACUUAGUUGUUAGAAUAACAAAACUUAUCCCAGCCAAAGCCAAUUUCUAUCAUAUAGCAAAAAUUUAUCCCAGCCAAAGCCAAUUUCUAUCAUAUAACAAAAACUUAUCCCAGCCAAAGCCAAUUUUUAUCAUACCACAAUGUUCAGUGAUUGAAUUUAAGAGGUAUGUCCAUUAGAACAUUUCCUAACUUUAAUUAGAUCCCUGACUCUUCUAGUUAUGUUAAAAAUCACGAUCGAUAAAAAUGGGUAAUCUUUAUAACCCAAAACAUGACCUAACUGAAAUCAUAAUUAUCUUCAGAAUCAGAAGCACUAUAAAUAUUAACUUUGGUUCCUAUUUAAACUUGUAGGUUUAUCCAUAGUAAGCAUUCUAGUACAGAAUUAGCAAUAAACACCCCCACUUCAAAACUAGGGCCAGCAGAUUUCGCAAGAUUAGAUUACGGGAAACUGCCGACAGAAUAUGCUAUGUGCAGAAUCACUUGUUCAGUCAGAAUCAACUAUGUGUAGAAUCACUUGCUCAGUUAUUUGCAGCUGCAGCUGCAGCAAUCUAAGAUUGAUGUAUAAGUUGUGUUCUAAAAUGUCAGUAAUGUCUCUAGGCUGAAAUUGCUAACAAUUAGUUGUUACAAACUAUUUUACCUCGGAUACGGGCACUAGGGUGAUUUACGAGUAUCAUCAAGUGUGAAUCUUAUAAUAAAAGAAUGUUGUGAAAUUGACCUCCCCCCCUCACAUAAGAUUAAUAUUUUUCUCAGCUGAAUAUAAGGUAUAUUGGUCUCCAUGCAAGUCAAACUUAUGUAUGUUUGACCAAGAUUAUAGAACAAGAUAUCAAUAUAUGUAAUACACAAUAAAUAAAAUGUGGAAAUACUUUUCAUGAUGGAUCUAGUGAUACAAAUUUGGUACUAUUGAUGGUUUUCUAAAAACUUGGUCAAACAAACACUUGUUUGACUUUUGAAAAAACUAACACAUCUUAUAUUUUGGAAUGGAGGGAGUACUAAACAACUCGAACAUCUACACGUGUACUUUUAGCAUUUGAACACGUGUCUACCUGUGAAAACCUCAAAAAGUAAAAUAAAAAAAUUAACAUAAAAAUCCCAUUCAAGCAAUAACUGUGACUUUAAGUUAGGAUUGCGCAUGCGAAAACGACACCGUAUCCAAAGAUCCAGCAGAACUAGUUUCUUACGUAAAAGCUCGCUAAAUUUGUUGCCGUAGCACAUCAACACCUUUCUUUUAUUACGGGAGCACACCAGCACUUAAAACAAAAGACUCAUUAGAAAAUUGCACUCCACAAAGGAAUCGUCCCAUGAAUCAAACACAACUCUCCUACACUACACAAGACACAUCCACACAAAGUAUCAUAGUAUACAUCUACACCGGACACAUCGCCCACGGGAAUCAGAUCCAAUCGAUGUUGUGUUUUUUUUCUUAAAUAGAUCCAAUCGAUGUUGAACCCCUUGUCCACAAGCGUUUCGUUUACUAUACCCUCCGUAGCCCCCGACCAGCCAACCGUUUUCCGAGCCCAACUUCCCGGAAGUGCAAGCGUGCCCAACCACUGUCACGUCCACCCGGGACCCGCCCGUCCCUUGGCCCCACCCGGCAGCCUCCCAGCGGUUAACAAGGGUCUCGCUGUCCCGGGGAAUCGGUGUCGUCGGCACUUGGACUCGCCGAGAGCAGAGCGGAGCCGAGCGAGCACCACUCCCCUGUUUCCUCGUGCGUCGCGUGUGUCGCGGCGGCAGCGGGGCGGAGCGGAUCGGCGGCGAUGGCUCCGAGGGAACAGGCGGGCGCCGGGGCCGCGGGCGGCGCGGCGGAUCCGGAGGCCGACAUCGAGGCCCCUCUCAUCUCCUACAGCUCCUCCUUCUUCUUCCAGGACGGCGCGGCGGCGGGGGCGGGGGCGGGGCCGGGAGGCGAAGACGGCUCCGGCGACGAGGAGCAGCGGCGGAACCGGCGCAGGUUCCUCCUCGGCGGCCAGCUGCAGUCCAACGCCACCUCCCAGGUCGCGCUCGUCGGCACCGACUUCUGCCCCAUCGAGAGCCUCGACUACGAGUUGAUCGAGAACGACGUGUUCAAGCAGGACUGGCGGGCGCAGGGGCGGGGCCACAUCCUGCGCUACUUCGCGCUCAAGUGGGCGCUCUGCUUCCUUGUCGGCGCGCUCACCGCCGCCGCCGCCUUCGUCGCCAACCUCGGCGUCGAGAACGUCGCCGGCGCCAAGUUCGUCGUCACCUCCAACCGCAUGUUCGCGCGCAGGUUUGAAUCGGCGUUUCUGGUCUUCCUGUUUUCGAAUUUCCUGCUCACAAUGUUCGCCACGGUGCUGACGGUGUACGUGGCGCCCGCGGCGGCCGGCUCCGGCAUCCCGGAGGUGAAGGCCUACUUGAACGGCGUCGACGCACCCAACAUUUUCUGUUUCAAGACUCUGGUGGUGAAGGUUGUGGGAUGCAUUGCUGCAGUAUCAUCAUCACUGCAUGUGGGAAAAGCUGGUCCUCUGGUACACACAGGUGCAUGCAUUGCAUCAAUACUUGGGCAAGGUGGCUCGCGUAAAUAUCGCAUGACAUGUAAAUGGCUAAGGCACUUCAAGAAUGAUAGGGAUCGGAGGGACCUUGUCACUUGUGGUGCUGGUGCUGGUAUUGCUGGUGCUUUCAGGGCUCCAGUCGCCGGAGUUCUUUUUGCUCUGGAAACAGUGUCUUCACGAUGGAGGAGUGCCCUACUCUGGCGAGCUUUCUUCACAACGGCAGUUGUUGCCGUUGUGCUUAGGGCAUUAAUAGACAUCUGUAAAAGAGGCCGGUGUGGCUUGUUCGGGAAAGGCGGUCUUAUAAUGUUUGAUGUGACUUCGGGCUAUGUCAACUAUCAUGUGAUUGAUUUACCUCCGGUAAUCACUCUAGCAGUUUUUGGAGGAGUACUGGGGAGCUUGUACAACUUCUUCCUUGACAAGGUUCUUCGUCUCUACAAUGUUAUCAACGAGAAAGGUCGAACUUACAGACUACUCCUGGCUGCAACAGUCUCCGUCUGUACUUCAUGUUGCCUCUUCGGCUUACCAUGGCUUGCAGCUUGCAAACCUUGCCCAGCUGACUCAAGAGAAGCUUGUCCAUCAAUAGGGAGAUCUGGAAAUUUCAAGAAGUUCCAGUGUCCAAUGCAUAACUACAAUGACUUGGCUAGCCUGUUCUUUAACACCAACGAUGACACCAUUAGAAACCUCUACAGUAACGGCACUGACCAUGAGUUCCAUAUCACCUCGAUCCUUGUGUUCUUUAUUGCAUCAUAUUUUCUGGGCAUUUUCAGCUAUGGCCUCGCCUUACCAUCUGGCCUUUUCGUACCUGUUAUUUUAACUGGUGCAGCUUACGGUCGUCUGGUUGGCAUGCUGAUUGGGUCGCAAUCAACUUUGGAUCAUGGUCUUUUUGCGGUUCUUGGUUCUGCUGCCCUUCUAGGUGGAUCGAUGAGAAUGACUGUCUCAGUUUGUGUUGUCAUCCUAGAACUGACAAAUAAUCUGCUGAUGCUUCCUCUGGUUAUGCUGGUCCUUAUCAUAUCAAAGACAGUGGCAGAUGCUUUUAAUGCAAAUGUCUAUGAUCUGCUUGUUAAAUUGAAGGGUUUUCCUUUUCUUGAAGGGCAUGCUGAACCCUACAUGCGACAACUGUCAGUUAGUGAUGUUGUAACUGGCCCUCUACAGACAUUCAAUGGCAUAGAGAAGGUUGGCCGUAUUGUGGAUACCUUGAAGGCAACCGGUCAUAAUGGUUUCCCUGUCGUUGAUGAGCCACCGUUUUCAGAUACUCCUCUGUUAUAUGGUCUAGUUCUUCGGUCGCACCUGCUUGUUCUGUUGAGGAAGAAAGAGUUCAUCAGUAGUUCCACAGCUUCAGCAUCAGAUGCUUCAAAGCAUUUCUCACCUGAGGAUUUUGCUAAACGUGGUUCAGGAAAGCAUGACAGAAUUGAGGACAUUGAAUUAACUGCAGAAGAACUGGAAAUGUUUGUAGACUUGCAUCCUUUCACAAACACAUCUCCUUACACUGUGGUUGAGACCAUGUCCUUGGCUAAAGCUCUUAUACUUUUUCGUGAAGUUGGAUUAAGACACCUUUUGGUUCUUCCAAAAACUUCCAAGAGGGCGCCUGUUGUUGGCAUAUUAACACGGCAUGACUUCAUGCCUGAGCACGUAUUGGGUCUCCAUCCGUACCUGUUCAAGAGCAGAUGGAAGAAGGUGCGAUUUGGCAAGACAGCCUUCUCCAACUUCUUUUGACAAUUGCCAUAGUAGCUAAUGAUUCGGAGAAUUAACCAAGCGACAGCAUCAGUACAUUGUAUGGGAACCAUCGGGUGGUAGUUUAUACCAACCAUAUACGUAUAAGCUAGUUGUAUUAUAGCGGCAAUAGCAUUUUCUGGUAUCACAUUACAAUGUAUGUUGCUCCUGAGAGAUGUUCUGAAAUAUGAAAUAUACACACGAGGAUUUCCAUUGCAACCUACAAUGAGAUCCGUUCGAAGGAGCCUGUUUCUGAUGGUUCCUCGCGGAUGUGAUUAUCAACAAUAACCCGCACAUUGUGAUCA